UUCGUGUUUUUUUUUUAAAAAAAAAUUAAUAAAGACUACUUCACUAUGUAUAUAUAGGGGAGGGCUCGUUUCUAAAAGCAACUAUAAAGCUGUAUUAUUUCUGGUUAGCUCAGAUGGCAGAUUUGUCUUGCAAAACAUUAGCAAAGCAGAGGACUCCGCUGGUUCAAUGCAAGAGACAUUGUGGAGUAAGAAAGCCUAGGAGACUCCCGAAUAGGAAAUUGAAGAGGAGAAUAAAGGCUACGAUUGAGCAACUAAGAGCGGAGAUGGUGGAGAUUGGGGAGGAACAACAAUGCAUAAAAGAAGGGCAUAGUCAAGUGAGGAAGAAGUAUGAGGAGAUUGAGGCAAAGCGAGAGCAACUCAAGAGGGAAACAGAGGUCAUUGUGAAGCAGAGUGCGAGCAUCCAAGUACGUCUCAAUUUGAUGUUCAGAAUCUUGAAAGCCAGAGCACAAAAUGAUUCUGUUGUGGUAGCUCAACUUACUCAGUUGCUACGGUUGUUUUCAUUUCCUUCAGCUCAACUUACUCAGUUACUUGUUUGAAUAAUGCAAGUAUCAUUGUGUUGUCAGGUUAUUAGGUUUAGUUCUUAUACGAUUAGGAUUGAGAGAGAGAAAAAAAAAAACAAAAAACAAAAAACUUAUCCAAAAAGAAGAAUAAGAGCACAAUAGAAGAAGAGGAAGAAACAUACUCUCAUUGUAAAUUAAUAUCACAUUAUUCUAUACACACGCUUUGUUUUAUUGAA